UCGGCUCUUCUGUGCAGCAGAACCUGCUCCUCAGUCCAGCGCUGUCCUCACCGUCUUCUCUCCCUGGCGCCAGCAUCUUUACUGGGUGCCCACUGGUCAUCCCCUGUACUAUGUGUCCGCAGUCUCUGGUCAUCUCCUGUACUGUGUCUGCAGUCCGCAGUCUCUGGUCAUCUCCUGUACUAUGUCCGCAGUCUCUGGUCAUCUCCUGUACUGUGUCCGCAGUCUCUGGUCAUCUCCUGUACUGUGUCCGCAGUCUCUGGUCAUCUCCUGUACUGUGUCCGCAGUCUCUGGUCAUCUCCUGUACUGUGUCCGCAGUCUCUGGUCAUCUCCUGUACUGUGUCCGCAGUCUCUGGUCGUCCCCUGUGCUGUGUCCGCAGUCUCUGGUCGUCCCCUGUGCUAUGUCCGCAGUCUCUGGUCGUCCCCUGUGCUAUGUCCGCAGUCUCUGGUCGUCCCCUGUGCUAUGUCCGCAGUCUCUGGUCGUCCCCUGUGCUAUGUCCGCAGUCUCUGGUCGUCCCCUGUGCUAUGUCCGCAGUCUCUGGUCUGGUCGUGUCCCUGUGCUAUGUGUCCGCAGUCUCUGGUCGUCCCCUGUGUGCUAUGUCCGCAGUCUCUGGUCGUCCCCUGUGCUAUGUCCGCAGUCUCUGGUCGUCCCCUGUGCUAUGUCCGCAGUCUCUGUCU